CAGCGCAUCCAGCUCCAGUCGGGCGCAGUUGACUGACUAGAAGAGUCAUUUGAUGGUUCUGGUGGCGCAGCCUUAUAUAUGUGUUUACAUAUUAUCAUCUCAUAUCAUAUUGUUACAUGCGGCUCUAAGGAAAAGCAGAGCUAUCGUCGCUGUGGAAUGGAGUUGAGUGAAAAUACGUCAUUGUACAGCAGCGUUUAGUGACAAAUGAAGCCUUGGGGAUGGUGGCUAGGAUGCCCUGCUUGGGCCGGAAGUUGGGGCAGGGAAAGAAUACAGGUGGCUGGGAUUGGGAGGGAAGCGAGGGAUUUGGGCCACCAGGCCAAGUAUUUUGAGAUAUAUCGCAACUAGUAUGCCACGACGAACUUAUAAAACAGGACUUAUCAAAGAACUAUACGACACUACCUAGUGAUGUUCUCAUACAGAGCCCGGCACUUCAAAUGAAGCUUUCUUUUCAUGGAGUUAUGAUGGGGUGGUGUCCACUGGCCCCAUAAAUACCUCCAACACCACGAAACUGUGGUGCAGGAUAUCCAAGUUCCAGAAACGAUAAUUGGGCACAUAUAUAUCCAUCAGGACUAGCUUGAACCUUCAUUCUUGUUGCUCUUCCAACUUUUUACGACCAGUACAUCAAAACGAUACAUUCUCAGUGUGAGGGUAAUUCCUCUGUAAGUUAGGAGCAGAAAGUCUUGCUGGGAGUGACCUUGUCACAUUUGAUACCGAGAGCGAACAAUUGGCAUCAUUCAUCACAUACCAUUUCAGACCGAGUUGAUGAUCACUUGCCUCUGUAUCAAACUCUAUCUCAAAACCAAUCGCCCCUUUCAUGGGCGCUCCUGAGGCUGUAUGUAAUGUACAAAUCUGCGGGUUCACAGCAAGCUAAAUGAACCAAGCUUCAACCUCCUCUAUCCUUUCCCUCGUCGGUCGUCACCAAGUGCCACAAUAAAUAUGAACUCUGCUCACAGCCCUUCUGUUCCUAACCUGCGAGUUCCCGACCACGAGGUAUCGCCGUCUGACGCAACUUACCAUCCAUUCCCUAUUCCGAGCUGCAUCUCAUCACCUGCAGCACUGCACCGCACACCAAAACAUCCGAGUCCGGGUCUUCCCCUCCAAUGAACAGUCUCACAUCGAAGCGAAACAUUAUCCAAUUGCUUGCUGCUUUGUCACCGCCAUAGUUCAACGUCUCUGACUUGGCAUUGGGACUUGCGUAAGGCUGGGGAAGACAAGAGAUCAGGAAGGCAAUUCGAUUUCUUUGCAUAGCUGGCUGGGUUGAAACUAUUCUGCCCGCUUUCAUAGCUGGCUAGGUUACUUGGGGCAUUUAAAUUACAGGGGGUAAUUCAGACUUGUACGCCCCUGGCGAGGCCUGCCCAGCACCAAUCUUACUCUCCCUCCCAGUACAAAGCAGCCUUCGACCCCACCAACAUCCAGCCCAACCUCGCUGUCACCUUUGCACUCUUCUCUUCUCUUCACAUCCACACCACAUCGCAUCGCUCAAGUCUACAAGUACAAAGCCUACGGGCAUCUCCCGUCCUCUUUAUCACUACCAAAUAAUAAUAACCACAAACGUCACUAUGCCAGAAGUCACUCGAGUUACACGCGGCUAUCGCGAUGGCUACGAUUCCGACGACGACCACUCCUCAACAAUCAGCCGCUCGAGGGUUGCUGACGGCUCAUAUCGUACCGUUCAACGGUACCGCGUCACACCUAGCAGAACAGAAGACAUCGAGAUCGAUCGCCGCUCAACAACGAGACUCGACAUCCCACGAGCAGAGCGCAUCGAAAUAGACCGUCGCACUGAGCGCUUUGUCGAGCCCGAACGACCGCGCAGCGCCAUCGACAUUCGACCACCACGAUCCUCCUUCACCAGCGAGCGAUACGUUGAGCGUGAACCCAUUCGCGAACCCGAGCGCGAGCGUGAGCGAACAAGAACGGUAGUCUACGAACGGGACCGGCGCGAGCCAGAACGGGGUCCUUGGGACCGCGGUCCUUCUAGGCCGUGGGAGUCGGAACGGGACGUUCGGGAGACGGAUAUCGUUAGAGUUGAGAAGCGGACGACAGAACGCAGAGAUGAACCAUAUGAGCUUGAGAGAUACCAGCGAGAAACUGAGUACUACGAUCGUCCGGAACCACCUCCGCAGCCAAUUAUUAUUCGUCAACGAGCGCCAGAGCCUCAGCAGAUCAUCGUCCAGGAAGCACCACCUCCGCCUCCGAUUGUCCUUCCGCCUCGCGAACAAGAAAUUCAAGUCGUUCGACAGACAGAGGUGUCACAAGAAGUUGCACGACCGGAGCCGAGAAGGGCAGAAGAUGAAUACUACUACAGGAAAGAUGUGCGUGAGGUUGGCCCUGUGAGAAGAAGCGACGAGGAAAUCGUUGCGUACGAUCGUAGAGAGAUUCGGCCCCGAGACUCCGUCAGCGACAGAGAGUAUAGUGAUGGCGAGAACUAUGUUGUGAAGAGAAAGGUCAUCCGACGAGAGCGAAGUAGAAGCUCGAGUCCACACCACAGAAGACAUCUCGCAGAAGGUGCUUUGGCUGGUGCGGGAGCAGCUGCUCUGCUUGCAAAUCAUAGAAACAAGCAAGGAGAUGGAGAUGGGCACCGAGGACGAAAGGUUGUUGGAGGAGCCGCCCUCGGAGCCAUUGGUGCUGAAGUACUCACACGAGCACGAAGUCGAUACCGCGAGAGUCAUGGAAGUCGAUCUCGUUCAAGGUCAAGAUCAAGCAGUAGAAACUCGCAUCGCAAGAUCAAGACCGCAUUAGGCCUCGCAGCUGCUGGUCUAGCCGCGGCCGCCGCUGCCAAAUACGUCUCUAAUCGCAAAGCCAACAGAGAAGAGAUGGGCAGAGGACGUAGUCGAACUCGAAGUGUUUCGAGACGUCGUAGGAGUUAUUCUUACGACUCCUAUGACGAUGAUCGUGCAAGAAGUCGAAGCCGAAGCAAACAUGCCGACCCCAAACAUCGCGCAGCGACGAUCGCAAAAGCUGGAGCUGCUACGGCCGCGGUUGCAGGUGUUGUUGAACAUUUCCGAAGCAAGUCACGUAAACGAAGCGGAUCAAGAUCCAAGUCUCGCAUCAGGACUGGUGCCGAAAUCGCGGGAGCUGGUCUGGCAGGAGCGGCAGUUGCAGGAUUAUAUGAGAAUCGCAAGGCAAAGGAAGAUCGUGAAUUGGAAGUUGAAGAAGAACAUAGGAGAGAGCGGAGGAGAAGCAGGUCGAGAGCCAGAUCUAUAGGCGCAUAUUCUGAUCCUGGUGUUGACCCCGAGUUAGGAAUGGUGCAAUACGGUACUGAACCCGUAUACACCCACCAACAAACCACUACCUACCAACGAGGGUACGACUAUGACCCUGCUCUUGCCGCGGGCGGAGCUGGUGCCGCGUAUGGCGCCACCAGAUCUCGAAGUCGAUCGCACCGUCGUCGUCAUUCCUCGAGUUCAGACGAUCGAAGAAGGUCAAGAAGUCGUAGUAGAAGUCGAGUUAGGAACAUUGCAGGAGCUGCCGCGGGCACUGCUGCAGCGGCGAUUGGAAUCAACCAAUACAAGAAGCGAAAGGAGAAAAAGGAGAUGGAUAGGGAGAGGGAACGCAGACGCUAUGAAGAAGAACCUGCUCCAGAAAAUUACUACGCUCGCGAUUAUCAAGAUGAUUAUUCUCCCUCUCCUCCACACGCUUCAGGUGGCUCAUAUUAUCCUGAGAAUAAUGCAUUCCCACCACCUCCUCAACCACAACCGGGAUUCACAACGCAUACCACAACCUCCACAACACAAGUACACCAGGAGGGUAUCCCUCCAUACAAUCCAGCGGACUAUGCAAACCAACCACCGCACCCGGACCCUUUCGGCUACCCACCUCAAACAGGUCACAAUGUGAGUGCAAAAGACAAUACAUCUCAUCAGCCUCCUUUUGUUGCUCCUGUGCCUAUGCCUACCGCAAGUGGCGCAACGCCAUAUUUCCCUCCGCCCCCUGUCGCUCCUGUCCAAGACGAGCAGUUUACUCGCGACCCAUUUCAUGCAGAGGAGGCCCGUGUAAACACGCCUCGCGCCCCCUCCACCGUAUCAACUCUCUCGCCUAACACCUCGCCACCACUUUCUCCCACCCGCCCACACAACAAAUCCGUCAACUUCGCACCCCUCUCCCCAACAUCUUCUCGUCGCCUAGCACAUAUUCACGAGAACGCCGCGUCAUCAAACUCCAAUACGCAUAAUCACGACGUCGCACACCCAGACCGCACACCUUCUCCUACAGACUCCGAUAACCCUGGUCCUUCAGCUCUGGUUCGCACUUCUCAACCUCAGUCUCGAGAUCGAGAUCGAGAUAUCGACCACGUCUACGACCGCGGCGAAGACCCCUCUCGACGUCGGCGACGCCGUCGUAGGAGUUCAGACCCAUCUUCUGACCGACCCAUCCAACCCUCUAGACACCGCCGUAGACAUCAGCAGCAUUCUCGCUCGCCAUCCCCUACCUUAUCAGACGAAAUCGAAGUCCUACCCGAUCGAUUCGAUCGUGAUGGACGGCCACUAGAUAGAUUCGGCAAUGCGUAUCGGAAUCCUAGAGCGAGUGCUAGGGAUAGACAGAGGGGUGCUGGUGGAGGAGGAAGUGGGGGAUUGGGCGGAUUACUUGGUAGCGAGGGUGGACAGAAGGAGAUGGUUGAAAAGCUGGCGGGGGACUUUGGUGAUGUUAUGGAGGGGAGGAAGACGUGGAAGGAUCUGUUGAGGGGGUUUGUGGAGGAGGCGGGUGGUGCUGGUGCGGCGGGGAGUUCGAGUGGUUCUGAUAGGGGAUCGUCGAGUAGGAGGAGGAGGAGGGAGAGGUGAUUGGUUUUGGUGGGUUGGGAGGAAUACGGGUAAUGAGUGAACGGGACAAUCACGAAUAUUUAAGUUUUGUUGCUGGCAUUGCGGGGAGAGGAUGAGAAGCACAUAUGAACGGAUGGAUGGUUGGAGCAUGGAUGCAAUUGCCUUUUUUUUGUUUCAUCUUUUUUUUUUCACGAGAUCUUUUUUGAAGGCAGGCGGGUACAGCGCAUUUCACGACUAACGAGCAAGAGAAGAGCAACGAAACGAUACUUGAUGAACGACUAAAUGACGAAAUUAUGAUGACCUUUGCUUUCCGUUACUAUUCUUUACUUUUUUUUUCGCGGUGGGAAGAGACUUCGUUGAAUAAUACUACAUAGCUACAGAUACAGAUGCGGAUACAUGGAAAUCAAAGGAAUCAAAGUUAAGAAAAAAG